AUGGCUGAUGAACCAGAACAAGAGGAAAAACCCAAACCCGACGCUUGUGGUCGUGACCGCCGUAUUGGCCUCUUUGUCAAGAUCACGUUCUUUGUUGUCCUCGCCAUAGGCAUAUUGGUGCUCGCGGUGAUCUCUAAAUAUAGCGGAAAGGCAAACUCCUGUGUCGAAAACGUCUCUCUCACCCAAUGCGAUUUCGGUUCAAAAAACACUACUCUCCAAUACAACCUCGCUCUCGAGAUCGCUGUCAGAAACACUUACAACUCUCCGAUAUACUUCGACAAAGUCGAGGUCAGCGCUUACUACAAUGGCCAGAGGUUUGCCACGAAAACUUUGACCCCAUUUUCGGUGCCGCACAAGAGCAGCCACAUUUUGAAUCCCGUCUUUCAAGGGAAGAGCUCGUUGUCGGUCGGGGCUGCUGAGCUUUAUGAUGAGUUGUUGAAGAAGGGAAACAAAAACAAGGGACCUAAUUAUAACAUUGGCGUCAAACUCGACGUGAAGUUUAGGUAUGCGACGUCCCUUUGGAUUAUGAAGACUCACAAGUCCACCAUGCACAUCUGUUUCAUGGUUCCGCUUGAUCAUCAUUCCCAGUCUACUUUUCAGACUACCAAUUGUGUGGCAUCGUUUUCUGAUUGA